AUGCCUAGCGCUAAACCGUUAAGACAGAGAAGCGUGAACAGUGGCGAUAGUUUUGGGGAUUCGGCGGUUACAGCCGUUGAUGGCGGUUGCGAAACUGGUGCUGUAACAUCAGAGACGGUGGAGCAGUUGGAGUUGAAGCGCCUCUUGACGGAUGACUCGAUUGUGACAGUGAAGAAAUCACCUGUUGCAUACUUCUUGGAGAAAGUUGGCAAUGGAAAUUCUUUAUGGAACACAACAACUCUUGGGGAUGAAAAAGGAAGAGAACGGGUUUAUGACACUAUCUUCCGCUUGCCAUGGAGAUGUGAAUUGCUUAUAGAUGUUGGCUUCUUUGUCUGUUUCAAUUCCUUUCUGUCGUUGUUAACUGUGAUGCCAACAAGGGUGGUAAUGAUCGUUUGGAAGCUUCUGAAAACAAGGAAGUUCAAGAGGCUGUCUCCAGUUGAAUUGUCGGAUUUUGGCUAUUUUAUUAUUAUGGCUUGUGGAAUCACUGUUUUGCAGCAAAUAGAUAUCAGCUUCAUAUAUCAUAUAAUCCGUGGUCAAGCAACAAUCAAACUGUAUGUGAUCUACAACGUCUUAGAGGUAUUUGAUAAAUUAUGUCAAAUUUUUAAUGGGGAUGUGUUGCAAAUGUUAUUUUAUUCGGCCGAAGAACUUGGAAGGUGUCCUUCUGAAACACGGAGUAUGAGACUCUGCAUUUGGAGAUUUAUUUCGGACCAAAUUUUAGCUGUUGUUACAACAAUUGUUCAUUCUUUUAUUUUAUUAGCUCAGGCAAUUACUUUAUCAGCCUGCAUUGUUGCUCACUACAAUGCACUGCCAGCUCUGCUGGUGUCAAAUAAUUUUUCUGAGAUCAAAAGCUACGUGUUUAAGGGAUACAAAAAGGACAAUAUUCAUAGUAUGGUGUACUUUGAUUCAAUUGAGAGAUUCCACAUCUCAACAUUUAUCUUAUUCGUUCUGGCUCAAAAUAUUCUGGAGGCAGAAGGCCCCUGGUUUCAAAGCUUUCUCAUUAAUAUGUUUUCGGUUUAUCUAUGUGAAGUGGCUAUUGAUGUUAUCAAGCAUUCGUUCAUUGCUAAAUUCAACAACAUCACUCCGAUUGCAUACUCUGAGUUCCUUGAAGCUUUAUGCAAACAGACUCUACAUAUGCAAACUGAGGAUGUAAAGAAAGACUUGAAAUUUGUCCCACUUGCUCCAGCGUGUGUGGUCAUUCGAGUUGUAGCCCCGGUAUACGCUGCUAAUCUUCCUUUCAGUCCCCUUUCUUGGAAGCUUUUUUGGAUUAUGCUAUUUUCAGCGACAACCUACAUUUUACUCACUAGCCUCAAGAUUCUAAUUGGCUUGCUUCUAAAGAAACAUGCCACUUGGUAUGUUAAUCGCUGUCAAAGGAGGAAGCAUCAUCUUCAUAUAGAUUAA